AUGACUUCUUUACCUGUUAAUUCUAUUCUUGCUGUAGAAAGUAAAACAAAAAAUAGGUCGAGGACAAGAAGUUCUUUUGAAGAGUCAUCAAUUUUAGCAAAUACAUUUCAUGAAGAGGAGGCAAUUUCGCAAAAUCUAGAAAAAGAUGCUCUUACUAUCAGCUCAGAGUUUGAUAUGCUCCGAAAGAAUUAUUUCAUCGAAGAUGGUCAAGAUCGAUCCGAUUGGUAUAGUAGGUUCUUGAAUGAAAAUAAAGAUGCAAAAGAUUUUAUAGAAAGAGUUGAUCCGAUUCCUAGAGCCGUAGAAUUUGCUCGUUUAUAUCUCCCAAUAAAUCGUUUAGCAAGCCAAGAUUUGCUUCUUGCUCUUAUUUCUCAACAUUUCAGAACUUUUGGAUUGAUCAAAUCUCAAGCAUCGCUCCACGAAGAGUGGUCACAGCCUAUAAACAUUCCAGCCCAUCUCUUACGCUCUCAGCUAACAUUACUAAUUCAACGCGGAAUUUCCCAUGCUGAAAGAUUUUGGGAAUUAUCUCUUCCUUCUCCAGCAAAAUACCAAGAUCCGCAGAAGCUUAUUGAUCAGGAAAUAUCCAAUGUUAUCGGCGGUAUCCCAUUCAUUGCAGAAGAUACAACACCUUUAUCAAAUGAACAAAUUGGUGAUGAAAGAUUCAUCAAAUAUGAUGAAACGCAUACAAAAAUCGAAUCCGCUUCUCUUAACCAGCUGAUUUGGUUACUUACCUCUGAAACAAAGGAUCCAUAUCGAGAACUCAUGCAGCAAGUUUGCUUAACAUAUCGUUCCUUCACAACUUCAAAGAUUUUCUUCACAAAAAUCAAAGAGCGAUACGAAAUUGCAUUAAACGAAGGAGACGAAACCCGAGAAAGAUCUAAGUCCCUUACCUUUAAGUUAUUUACACAUUGGUCACAAGAGGCCAGUGAAUUCAUUGAACAACCUGUCAAAGAUGCCGCAAAAGCAUUUGCUGAAGCUAAAUUCCAGAAUUAUUCAAGUUAUUUAGCCCAACUCUUCAAACCACGCAGAUCUGAAACUACGAUUGAUUACUCAUCAGCACCAUCCGUCGAGCUUGGUACUUGCACAGAGCUUUGGACUGGAAAUUUCUCUUUAUUCGAUAUUCCUCCAAAAGAAUUUGCUAGACAGCUUACAGUAUACGCCUGCUCUAAGUAUUAUCAGAUCCAGCGUACAGAAUUGAUCGACGGCGCCUGGGCGAGCGAAAGAUCUAAACAUCGUUCUCCAAACAUUGUUGCGCUUACAAACCAGUUUAACAUCAUUUCUGCUUGGGUUCCAACUGCAAUUCUCACAGAACCAUCACUCCAAGCUCGUCUCAACAAAAUGAAAUUUUUGAUAGACACGAUGAGAGAAUUGAAAGCUUUACGAAAUUACUUUUCACUUUUUGCCAUCCACUUAGGAUUCAAUAGCAGCGCGAUAUUCCGCCUGCAGAGGCAUAAGAAAUUGCUUCGCCCCGAUGAUGUUCCAUUCCUGAAGGAGCUUGAAGACCUUGGAAGCCCUUCUGGAGCUUAUCAUCAGUUGCUUCAAGCUCAUAAAGAGGCAAUCAACUCCGGACAACCAGCUUUACCACACUUACCGCCAUUGCUUUCAUUCCUCUUCAAAGUUAAUGAAGCUAUUGAGUCUUUGACAACAAAUGGAUUAAUUAACAUGAAGAGAUGCGGAAGAACAUUCGAAUUUAUGAAACAAAUCGAAAGUUUCGCAAGAAGGAAAUACGUUUUGCUUCCUAUUGAGCAAGUUCAGCAAAAAUUGAUGAAUUUGGAAUAUAUGGAAGGAGAAUCUCUUGAAGAACUUUCAAUUGAUGUCGAACCUGCUGAUCCAAAUGCGGAACUCAAAGAUCAAAAGGCUUAA